AAGAUAUCGCCCAUUACCGGCCCCGCCAUAUACCACUACGUCUCCCCAAACACGCUUCUUCCCUUUUCUCCGCCGCUUUAAACCCACGCCAUUCUCCUCAUUAAUGCCCCCCUCCUCCUCCCCCCUUCAUCCAGCUAGCUCCUUUCUACAUGGAAGCCAUUGCCGCCCUCCUAUUCCUCUUCCUCUUCCUCUUCGCCUUCUUCAAUCCCCUCUUCUUCCCUCCUUCCAAACUCCUUCCAUGGAUCCACUCCCUCCUCCUCUCCCCCCACCCCAAGUCCCCUAAGACACAAACCACCCAAAAGAAGGAAGAACUAGAACUUGGGACUGUCUUUGCCACCUUCGAUGCGGACGGCGAUGGCUUCAUCUCUAAAGGAGAGCUAGCUGAGUCCCUAUGGCGGCUCGGCCUCACGGCCACCGUAGGUGAGGUGACGAGCAUGAUGGAGAAGGCGGAUGCCAACGGUGACGGCCUCAUUGAUUUAGAUGAGUUCAAGAAGCUUAGCUUGUCGUGGGGGUUGUCGGGCAGGGGCGGCGGCGGCGGCGGGGAGUAUGAAGAGGAGGGAGAGCUCCGAGAUGCAUUUGCGGUGUUCGAUGGCAACGGGGAUGGGAUGAUAACGAUGGAGGAGUUGAGGUUGGUGCUCAAGUCGUUGGGGAUGAAGGAAGGGGAGAGGGUUGAGGCUUGUAGGAAUAUGAUAAAGAAGGUGGAUAUGGACGGGGAUGGGAUGAUUAACUAUGAAGAGUUUAAGAACAUGAUGAUGGUGAAGGAAGGGAAGAUCUUCUAGUUUUGUUGUUUGAAGAACAUGUCAAGCUUUUGUUGUGUUAUACUUUUAAUUGACUUGUAUGUUUUUUUUUUUUCUAAUUACACUUUUGCCUUCUAUUGUAUAUAUAACCCUUUUCCCCUCAAAUAUAGUGAUAAAUUUGGGGAAUUCAUGGCAAAAUUUAAUGAUUUUUCUUAUGCUUGCUCACUUCACUAAAGCUGAUAAUUGAGGGCAAAGUGGCAUAAUGAGUGUAAUGAGCUUCGGAACCUUUAGGAAUUGAAAUAAACCUAAUGAAAAAAAAAAGCAAUUUCAAUUACAUAAAUUGUUAGGCUUACAGCUCGUGUAAAAUAAUACUAUCAUGCAGCAUAAAAGAAAAAAACAGCGAAAAAUGAGAAUGAUAACUAUCUGGAAAGCAGAAUUAUGAGAAACCUACCCUCAAAAUAGCCUAAAGAAGCUAAUAAUGCAUAAAUAUGCACACCACAAAAAUGAAAAAGGCCUAAAUAAUUAUGUACAACCGUUAAUUCG